CACAGAUCUGAUGAUGGGGUGCAGCCCUGUGUUUGCCAUGCAGCAGAUGGGAGGUUCGCCCCACACACUGGCACGGAGAUGCCUCCUUGGAAGGGAUCUGUUUCCGAUCAGGAGUCUGUGCAGCUCCAGCUCCAGCCAGCCGGGAGAGAAGCGAUCUGAAGAGGUAGCCCUCCGGCUGUCUCAUCGCCUGCCAGCACUAGGCAAGGCCCUGGGGCACAGCAUUCAGCAAAAAGCAGCCGCCACUGCCAAGACGUGGUGGGACAGAUACGAAGAGUUUGUUGGACUCAAUGAGGUUCGAGACGCCCAGGGAAACGUGACUGAGGCAGAAAAGGUGUUCAUGGUGGCUCGAGGCCUUGUCCGGGAGGCUCGAGAGGCUUUAGAGGCUCAGCAGGCCAAGCUGAAAGAGGUGAGGGCCCGCUUGGACCGCGUCUCCAGAGAGGACAGCCAGUACCUGGAGCUAGCCACCCUGGAACACAGGAUGCUACAGGAUGAGAAGAGGCUGCGUACAGCCUACCUGCGUGCCGAGGACUCUGAGCGGGAGAAGUUCUCUCUCUUCUCAGCCGCUGUGCGGGAGAGUCACGAGAAGGAACGCACGAGGGCAGAGAGGACCAAGAACUGGUCCCUUAUUGGGUCAGUCCUGGGAGCCCUCAUUGGCGUGGCUGGUUCUACCUAUGUGAACCGUGUCCGGCUACAGGAACUGAAAGCCUUACUCCUAGAGGCCCAGAAAGGACCUGUGAACCUCCAGGAGGCCAUCCGAGAGCAGGCAUCUAGCUACUCUCUCCAGCAAAAGGAUCUCCAGGACCUCAUGGUGGACCUGAGGGGCCUGGUGCAUGCUGGGAAGGGCCAGGGUUCUGGGUCGCCAGCGGGCAGUCCCCCCACUAAAGACAGAGAAACCGAUGUCUUUUCAGCCGCUGUGAAAGAACAGCUCAGUCACUCCCGGCAGGUCCAGUCCUGUCUUGAGGCUUUACGAGAACAGCUUGAUGGCCUGGAAAAGACUUGUAGCCAAAUGGCUAGAGUGGUUCAACUUGUAACAGCUGCCACACACCCAGGCCUGGUGGAGCCAGUAGAUGGAGCUCUGGCCAGCCCUUUGCUAGAGCAGGGGAGCAUGAUUCUGGCCCUAUCUGACAUGGAGCAGAAACUAGAGGCCCAGGUUAACAGGAACACCUUGUACAGUACAGCACUCACUUGUGUGACGUUUUUGAUCACACUCCCUGUGUUCUACAUGCUAUUCAAGGCUGGCUAGUCCCUGGAGCCACCUCCAGAGGGUCUAAGGAGUAAAAUAGGGCUUUCUUUGUUUUGAUUUUUUUUUUUUCUUUUUAGUUGGUCAUGAGUCUUGAACUCAGGGCCUGGGCG